UUCCACGGCCGGCUCUCGAUGGAGGCCACGAUGGAUUGCGCUCAGGCCGACUGCGGAUCAGCAUCUUCAAUGACGUUCCAGAGCGUCUUGUUAAAAUGGGUGCGCAUCUAUUUCAACCUUUUCGUGUUGUUGGGCACGGCAGGCCCGCUAUAUAUCGCAUGGUUCAUCUGGCGGAUGGUCAGUCUGCCUCUACCAGCUCAUAUUUAUCAGAGAGGUGAUGAUUUCAUCUUCGAGUACUAUCAGAGACUCGCGCUCAUUCUGGCCGAAACCUUUGCGGGGCUCGAAAUCCAUUUUUACGGAGACUUCAAAGACAUCAUGGAUAAAAGAGAGAAUUUCCUGCUUAUGAGUAAUCAUCAGACAGCUAGUGAUUGGAUCAUGAACAACUCAGUGGCCGAGAGGUUCAACUGUGUCGGUCACAUGCGAUACUUCAUGAAAGACUUCAUAAAAUUGUUCCCGUUGUACGGGUUCUAUUUCUAUCACCACGGGUGCAUCUAUGUCAAUCGGAAGAACUGCGAUUUCGAGAAGAUGAGACGCAAUCUAGUCUACCUCCAAAAUAAGCGAAUUUCGACUAUUGUGACAAUCUUCCCCGAAGGAACUCGUUAUAGACCCGAACUUUUGGAGGAAAGUCACAAAUUCGCGGACAAGAAUUUUCUUCGACGGUUGAAUCACGUACUGUAUCCUCGAACGCGUGGUCUUGGUGCAACAAUCGAUUACAUGCGUCACAACGUCGAAGCUCUGUAUGAUUUGACAGUCAUAUACGAUAACACCAAGGUCGACGGAAAGCGCGUCGGCGCGCCAUCUCUGAUCGCUCUCUUCACGGGCGAUUGUCCAGUCGUGCAUGUACAUCUGGAAAGGAUCCCUAUAGCGGACAUACCGAAAGAGGAGGCCGAGAUCAAGGACUUCAUAUUGAACCAAUUCCUUAAGAAGGAAGAGCUGCUCUCCAAGUAUUAUGACGACCCCACAAACACGCAACCAUUCCCGGGCGGAGCUCUCCAGAAACCACUGAACCAUACGAGGCAGAUGAUCGUCCUAGCAAUAAGCGUUAUAGCCCUAUGCUACUUCUGCUUUACGUGGAGUGGAAUAUCGAUAAUAAUGAAAGUUUGGAUCAUGGGGACGCUCUUUGGCUACGGUUGGCUCCUCCUGAAUCACUUCGUGUAGCGCAUGUCGAAAUGUCAGUCGCCGCUGGACUACUUACCCAAAUCAUAUUCUCUCCGCCGAGGUCCCCUCUCGAAUCCCUGUCCCUCUGAAUCUCAAAAAGUGACCAAGGAUAUCCAGUCAACGAGAGGGGAAAUUUCCACACGGGACUCGAAUUCGGUCC